GUUUCGUCUGCCUUCUGUGACAAGCAGGUUAGGACGACGCACCUUCGCAAACGACCACGGCGGUCGUCCUCUCGACGCCGUCUAGCCGCAGAUGGCGCCGCGGCUGCGCGAACGGAGCGCCCCCGCACCCUCAUAUGAAAUUGAUUAUGGUUUGUUCACCCUGGAGGUACAUCACAAUGGCUUUUUCUGUGGCUCGGGAAGCAAUAGGACAUAUUUGGAUGACAGAGUUGAUUUUUUCGAUUAUUGUGAGGCAGAGGACAUGUCUAUUUUGUGGCUUGUUGAUUCGUUAGAGCGACUCGGUUACCCUGAUAGUGAAAAGUACAAGAUAUAUUUGCUCAUGCCAGGGAGAUGUAUUACUGAAGGACUUUUCUAUGUGUGGUGUGAUGAUGAUCUUCAGAAGAUGAUGAGUACAGUACCGAAGAACUGCAAUAGCAUAAUACUUUACGUCGAUCAAAUGUUUGAAAUUCCUGUUAACAUAUGUGAUGAGGUUGCCAUAGAAGAAAAGGUUUUAGAGCCCAUUGUAGGUGAGGGGGUCAAUCCUGAGAGCAUUGUAGGAGAGGACAUGUUGCAGGCAGAUCAGGGCAGGUUGCGGACAGAAGAGAAAAGGUUGCAGAGAUUGCAAAAAUUUAAGAAACUGAAGGAUGAAGAGUCUGAUGACAGCGACCGGUUGGAUUCAGAUGCAGAUUUCUUUGAUAGUGACAAUGACCCAUUAGAUGGGGAUGAUGACAUCUUUGCUGCAUUUGUGGACCAUGAUGUCAUAGAUGCAAUGAUUACUAGCAAAGGCAAAAAAGUAGUUGAAGUAAAUGAGGAUGGUAAGGACAAGAGGAAGAAGAAGAAAAGUAAAAAGGAAGAUUCUGAUGAGGAGUUGCUUCUUCCAGAUUCAGAUGACAAGAACUUCAAUUUUAAGUUCAAGUCUUUUGCUGAACAUGACAUGGCAGACCCGGAGUUCAAGAUUGGAAUGACUUUUUCAACAGUUGAGCAGUUGAGAGAAGCAAUAUCUGAGUAUAGCAUAAAGAAUAGAGUGGCUUUGCACAAGACUAGAAAUUGUAGAACCAGGGUUGAGGUGGUCUGUGCUGAAGGUUGCCCCUGGUAUUUGUAUGUGACAGAAGACAGCAGGUCCAAGAGCUUGCUUGUGAAGAGAUAUGUUAAUGAGCACACAUGUAGCAGAGAGUGGGCUAUCAAGGCAAUGACUGCUCCCUAUCUUGCCAAAAAAUAUGUGGAAGAAAUAAGAGACAAUGAGAACAUUGAUGCAAAGUCAUUUGGCAAUAAGGUGCAAAAGGACUACAAUUUGGCUCCUGGCAGAAUGAAGCUGCAAAGGGCAAAGAAGAGAGCAAUGGCUAUUAUCAGAGGAGAUGAGGAGAAGCAAUAUAAUUUGCUUUGGGAUUAUGCGGAAGAGAUUAGGAGAUCAAACCAUGGGAGCAGUGUCUUUCUUAAUUUGGAUGCAAAUGGUUUGUUUGAAACUAUGUACUUUUCUCUUGAUGCAUGCAAGAGGGGCUUUCUGGAGGGUUGCAGGCCAAUUCUUUUCUUUGAUGGUUGUCACUUGAAGACAAGGCAUGGUGGUGUUAUGUUGACAGCAAUAGGUAUUGACCCUAAUGAUUGUAUCUUCCCAAUUGCCAUGGCUGUGGUAGAUGUAGAGUGCAAAAAUAGUUGGAAAUGGUUCAUGAACACUCUGAAGCAUGACCUGAACAUCCACGACCACAUGGCAGCCUUUACUCUUAUGUCAGAUAAGCAGAAAGGGCUGAUACUUGCAGUGCAGGAAGAAUUUCCAGACAGUGAACAUAGGUUCUGUGUAAGACAUCUCUACCAAAACUUUAACACGAUUCACAAGGGGGAAGUUUUGAAGAAUCAACUUUGGGCUUGUGCAAGAUCUAGUAACAAGCCACAAUAUGAAAGAAACAUGGACAAAUUGAAGGCUCUGAGUCCUGAAGCAUAUGCAUGGCUUGAUAAGCACCCACCAAACCAAUGGUGUAGGGCUUUCUUUGAUUGUUUCUGUAAGAGUGACACACUCCUCAAUAAUCAUUGUGAAGUGUUCAACAAUUAA